AUGACAUUUCCCGUGCUACCACUUGCUAGCACGCCUGAGGAUGCUGCUGCUUUUGCUGUCACCGGCAAAGUGCUUUUACCUUUUUCUGCUGUGAAGCCUGAAAAGUACCUUCUUUCUAGCUUUCCUUCUUCCAUAACUGUAUCGGUGGAUGCUUCUACCGCUGAUGCUUCUGUGGACGAGGCCAUUGCCUUGUUGAACGUGGGCGUUUCUCAGAUUUUUGUCAAUACCGCUCAAUUUGCUAAAUUCACUGGUGCUGGUGUGCCGCCAGCCAGAUUGGCCGUGGAAACUGACUCUCUGGCUCCACAGGAAGUUCUCCAGUCGCUGGCCUCAUUGGUGGUCAGCGAAGCAUUGGAACAAGAGACAUUGAAAACGUUAUCACAGAAGGGCAACAGAGAGGUCUUCUUGAAGGCUCAGGUGUCUCAAGAACAGGCCCAACAGUUGGCCGCCCAGGGCUACACUUUGGUGUUGCCUACUGACCAGUUGACUUUGGCUACCGAAGCUUCUGGUGCUCAGAUUUCUAUUUCGUCUGUUUUCGUCGCUACUUUGACCACUGACAGACCAGACGGUCUUUAUACGACGCUUGUCACCACCCCAGCUCCUUCUUAUACUGCUUUGGGUGUGGUCUAUUCAUCGCAGGCUUCUAUUAAGGCUGCCAUUGCUGAAGGCCAGGGCGUCUACCAAUCCAGAAAGAGACCAGAGGAAUUGUGGUACAAGGGUAAGACUUCUGGUGCUACGCAAAAGCUUGUUAAGUUGGAGAAGGACUGUGAUAACGAUGUGGUUAAGUUUGUGGUUGAGCCUAGAACUGGCUACGGCUUCUGCCACUUGGAAACCAACUACACUUGUUUCCAGGAUGGUGAGCUCAGAGAGAACUCUAAUGCUAACGGCGCUGGCUUGCCAAAGUUGGAUGCCACCUUGGCUCAGAGAAAGGCCAAUGCUCCUGAAGGGCUGUACACUAAAAGACUCUUUAGCGAUGACAACUUGCUCAUUGCUAAAAUGAAGGAGGAGUUGGACGAGCUUAUUGAGGCUGGCCAGAAGAAGGACACCAAGGAAGUCGCCUGGGAGGCUGCUGACUUGUUCUACUUCGCCAUGACCUGGGCUGUCAAGCAUGGUGUUUCUUUGGCUGAUAUCGAGAGAAACUUGGAUAUCAAGUCGAUGAAGGUUACUAGAAGAAAGGGUGACGCAAAGCCACAAUACCUUGAAGAGCCAGCUGCCAAGAAGAGAAAGCAGGAGGUUCCUGAAGAGCCAGCCCAACCACUGUACAAAAUGGAGAUCAUCAGAGCUUCUAGUGCUUCUGAAGACGACAUCAAGAAGGCCUUGACCAGACCUAACCAGAAGACUUCUGAUAUCAUGAAGUUGGUGCUUCCGAUUGUUGAGAACGUCCAAAAGAAUGGUGAUAAGGCUUUGGUCGAGCUUACUGCCAAAUUCGACGGUGUCGAGUUGAACGAACCUGUUCUUAAAGCUCCAUUCCCAGCUGAAUUGAUGGACAUUACCGAAGACAUGAAACAGGCAAUUGACUUGUCUAUGCAAAAUAUCGAAAAGUUCCACAGAGCCCAGCUACCACAGGAAGAGGUCAUGACCGUUGAGACUUCUCCUGGUGUCUACUGUUCUCGUUUCGCUAAACCUAUUGAAAACGUUGGUUUGUACGUUCCAGGUGGUACGGCCGUCUUGCCUUCUACUGCUAUGAUGUUGGGUACUCCAGCCAAGGUCGCUGGUUGCAAAAACAUCGUUCUCGCUUCUCCUCCACUGCGUGCUACUGGUAAAUUGACUCCUGAGGUGGUUUAUGUCGCUCACAAGCUUGGUGCAUCUGCUAUUGUUAUGGCUGGUGGUGCCCAGGCUGUCACUGCUAUGGCUUACGGUACAGAGAGCGUUGUCAAGUGUGACAAGAUCUUGGGCCCAGGUAACCAGUUUGUCACUGCUGCCAAGAUGCAUGUUCAGAACGACACUCAAGCUUUGUGUUCUAUUGAUAUGCCUGCUGGUCCAUCUGAAGUGCUAGUUAUUGCUGACGAAGACGCUGAUGCUGACUUUGUUGCCUCUGACUUGUUGUCUCAAGCUGAGCACGGUGUGGACUCUCAAGUCAUUCUUCUUGGUGUUGGCUUGAGCGAUGCUAAGCUUGCUCUGUUCGAAGAGGCUGUGGCCAGACAGGCUGACGCUCUUCCUAGAAAGGAGAUUGUUGCCAAGUGUUUGGCUCACUCUUGUACUUUGCUUGUUGAUACUUACGAACAAGCCUUCACCUUGAGUAACCAAUACGCCCCAGAGCACUUGAUCUUGCAGAUCGAGAAUGCUGAUUCUUACGUUCCAAGCCAAAUUGAAAAUGCUGGUUCUGUCUUCAUUGGUGGCUUGUCGCCAGAAUCUUGUGGUGACUACUCCAGUGGUACCAACCAUACCUUGCCAACAUACGGUUACGCCAGACAAUACUCUGGUGUGAACACUGCUACAUUCCAGAAGUUCAUCACGUCACAGAAUGUCACUGAAGAAGGUUUGAAGAGUAUUGGUAAGGCCGUCAUGACGCUAGCAGCCGUGGAAGGCUUGGAGGCCCACAGAAACGCCGUUCAAGUUAGAAUGGAUAAGUUGGGCUUACACUAA